AUGUACACCGUUCUGGCUGUGUUUGCUCUGGCAAUUCAUAUAUGCCUAGCAAAACAUAAACAAGGAAAAACUACAGGAAAACAUGUUGUAAUUCCACAAUGUGGAGAAGGGCUUAAAGGGCUUUUAAACCAUCAAUUCGACAGAAAUGAUGAUGAAGCUAUGCUAACGACAGCAGCAUACCUCUCAAAAAACAAUCUGAAGCUAUACACCGGGAAUGCCAACUAUCUAACAAUCGACCUGAAUGAUGCUAUAUCUCCGAUAGAAACUAUAGGAGAGAAGUGCUUCGCUAUUAGGAGCCACAAUGCACUACCAAAUGUCCUCUGCGCAAGCGGACUGCUUGAUCGCAACAAGUGGAUAAACGCAAUUGAUGCCAGCAUGUUAUGCGUAGAAACUGGUGUUAAAUCAACAUUGCCGUUAAUUCCAGGAGAGGAGACGUUGGAAGAAAUAGACAAAGAAGAACCAUCAGGAAUUAACCUUUUUAUACACGAUGGUCCUGCUGGAAAACCACAAAUAUAUAUUAACGGAAAGACUACAGAGGAACUCGGGAAUGAACGCAACAAAGAAUCGAUCGCAGCAGCACAUAUAGAAACUGAUAUGGACGCACUUGGAGAACUUGACCAGCUUUUCCCGACAUUUGAAUCUAAUGACGGAGAACCAGUUACUGUUGAACCUAUCGAUGAAGAAGCACUCGCCGAGGCAAGAGCUGAAGCUGGAAUGGUAGACAGCACGACACCAGAGAUGGGAUAUUACAAACAAGAACGUGAUCUCUGA